AUAGGAGUCACGUAGCUGUUUACGGAAACAGUUCCUACGUCAACACGUGUGCAGGCUUGUUGCUUUAGUCCAAUACGUGAACAUUUGCAUGCUCGUGGUUUUGGCUUUGCAAAAACACAGAGAAGUUUUUCCUCCUUCGCGUUUCUUACUCACGGAUGCACAUGUUUCCAAACACGAAUCCGUCCAGCAAUGAGGAAGACUCUCAUAUUCUCCCUCCGUGAAGAAGUAGGAAGGCUGGGCUUCUUUUUGACGCUCUGCGCUUCGACGAAUGUGCGAAAGUUAAUGUAAAUAAAGGAGCAAAGCUGCAGUUUUUAUGGUUCAAAUGCAAAGCAGAGUGGAUUUCUAAGUAAAGGGAACAUGAUUUUGAGGAAAUUACGCGCAGGAUCGUGCAGAUCAUGGCUGUCUCGGGUUUCCAUGAGGCAGGACCUGUGCUGCUUCUCCUCCUCUGUGACCCCUCAGCCGGUACCACCUCUUGCCCAGACCUUGCAGGGCUACCUAAAGGCCCUUGAGCCCCUGCUGCCCCCUGAGGAGAUCAGCCACACCCGGAAGAUGGUGCAGGAGUUCGGCAGGCCAGGGGGGCUUGGUGCGAAGCUGCAGGAGGGGCUGGAGAAGAGAGCCAGACACACCAAGAACUGGAUCUCUCCUUGGUGGGUGCAGUGGGCAUACUUGGAGAGCAGACAGCCACUUCCUGUGCACUCUAACCCGGCCAUCUCUCUGCCCAGGAGAGAUUAUAACGGCUGGAGGAGCCAGCUAGUGUUUGCAUCCAAACUGAUCGCAGCAGUUCUGGACUUCAAAGCAAAAAUCAACACUGGCCAGCUGCCGGUGGAGUACAUGCGAGAGAAGCCUCUGUGCAUGGAGCUCUACCCGCUCCUCUUCUCCUCCUGCAGGAUCCCUGGCCCCAAACACGACUACAUCGCUCACUACGGACGCUCCAGACGUUCACCGACUCACAUCACGGUCGUCAGGAACUACCAGUUCUUCCAGCUGGAGGUUUACAACAGCGAUGGCUCUCGGAUGACGGAGAGUCAGAUCCACUCACAGCUGCUGAGGAUCCGCUCUCAGUCCUGGAAGACAGACAAAGAGCCGAUGGGCAUCCUGACCAGCGAGCACCGUCACACCUGGGGGGCGGCCUACAACCGGCUGCUCAGAGAUAAACUGAACAAGGAGUCUGUGCGGAUGAUUGAGUCGGGACUUUUCAACCUGUGUCUGGACUCUCCGGUCAUGAGGAUAUCAGAUGAGAAGUAUGCCAGCCGUAAAGCAGCCCAGGUUCUUCACGGAGGCGGGACAUUCUCCAACAGCGGCAACCGCUGGUUUGAUAAAACGCUGCAGUUUGUGGUGGGCGAGGACGGCUCAUGGGGUCUUCUGUACGAACAAGCCACAGCUGAGGGCCCGCCUGUAGCUACACUGCUGCAUCAUAUCCUGGACUACUGUGAGAAGCCGGACCCAAAGAGAGCUCCUCUGGUCCCUCUGCCUAUGCCCAAGAAGCUCUACUUCCACAUAGACCGAGAAAUUAAGAGAGACAUCGAGCACGCCAAGCAGAACCUGGACAUACUAAUCAACGACCUUGAUGUCAACGUGUUCAACUUCAAGAGGUACGGCAAAGAGCUCCCCAAGCAGCACGAGAUGAGUCCAAACUCCUUCAUCCAGGUGGCUCUGCAGCUCGCCUACUACAGAGUGCACAGUGAGGUCUGUACUACCUGUGGUAUCGUCUCCCAGCGGAUGUUUCGAGGAGGGAGGACAGAGUACGUCCGCUCGCCCACAAAUCAGACACUCAAGUUUAUUCUCUCCUUUGAUGACCCUGCUUUAUCGCGGGAAGCAAAGGUGCAGCUGUUCAAAGAAGCUGUCGAUGCAUAUUCAGCUCUGACUGCUCAGUCACUUAAAGGCCAUGGCAUUGAGAGCCACCUGCUGGGGCUGAAGCUGCAGGCCAUCGAGGAAGGAAUGAGCAUUCCCAAGAUCUUCAUGGACACAGCUUACGGCCUGGCAACACACUGGAAGCUCCGCACGGGACAGGUGCCUGCCAACACCGACAGUGUGAUGUGUUUUGGGCCCCUUGUUCCUGACGGUUACGCCAUCUGCUACAACCCGCAGGCUGACCACGUCCACUUCUCCAUCACCGCAUUCAACUGCUGCGAGGAGACGCAUGCAGAGACAUUAGCCGUCACCCUGAGGGACACCCUGUGUCAGCUACAGGAGCUGCUGCAGCCUACUGUGUAGAGCUACACAAUAAACCCACUUUUCUAUAGCAGUGGAAAAAAAGACUAUUUUCUUGACGUAACAUUUUGUAGAAGUCUUGAUGAGGCUUGUUUUUGUUGCAGAUCAUUUUUUGGCGCAACGUGAUGCUGAUCAGAGCAAUGAAAUCUGAGACAGUCCUAAAGACUGAACAGAGUCUCUGAGGUGCUUUGAUGCUUUUUUACAGCUUUUGAUAAAGCAAUUAAUCACUUUCCUUUUCUAGCAAAAGCUGAGCAAGCAAGCUGCUUAUAGUUACAACGGAUGCACUAAGAGGGAUUUAAUGCUACUACAUCUCUGGGUGAAAAGUUGAAGCCAACCUGACACUCCGUCAUUAAACAAAAAUAGCCAAAUCAUGUAUUUUUGAACUGACUGCACUCCUUUUACAAGUCGUGAAACGACAAGGUCCCUUUCUAAUAUCCUCUUCUGAGAAUAAAUAUAUGUUUUGUGUGUUGGACUGUCGUCAGUGUUGACAAAUGUUUGAUCUUGCAUGGUGGCGUGUAUGUUUGAAAUGGACCAAAAGCCAAAAAGAGGUUGUUUGAGGUAGCAGUACUUGUCUGUGUUGACUGUAUUCGAGAAGGAUGUGAAGAGGCUUUGGUCCCUCACUGAGAUUUGUUGGUCUGCUCUAACCUGCAGAACUGGUUAAUAAAGCCUGUUAACAUGA